UUGUUGUACACCGUAGAAGACUCGGCGGAGAAUACGGCUUUUCUCCAGCGGAGCAAGUGAGCGCGCACACGGCUACAAAAAAAAACCCCUUACCUUUCCGCGGGGGGGACAGACUUUUGCGGACACUUUUACGCCUGCUUUGACGCGAGUUUAUCUGGUUGUUGGCUGUGGCAAGACGAACGGGAAGAAGACGAGGAGAGAGGAGAGAAGAGAAGAAGGGGAGCACCGUGCGUCACCGACCUCUCACUCAACACCACAGCCGCGGCAGAAGCGCUUCGGUCCGGUGUGGUGUGCUCCAGCGGUCCUCCUGCGUUACUGGAGAGGGGGAAAGGGAACUCCAAAACGCGGUAUUUCAGCUGGUAUGAGCUAAUUCGCCGUCGGGACAGACAUGGAAACUAAACCGUUUUUAUCUUUGGGGUUCCUGAAGCCACAGUGCUCGUUGGCUCCUCCCAUGCAGCGCGGCCGGUCCAGUGAUGGCUGCUCCUGCUUCAGUGGGGUGUGCCCUCUUCACCAGCGACGCUUGUCCUCCGGUAAGACAAGCUACUAUUCUUCGGGCCAGGUCACCUCCUCUCCCCUGGGCUCUCCCACGUCUCACAGAGGGAUGCACCCGUCCCUGCUCAGCCCGACCUCCAUGGGGCCCUCGGGAUCCUUGCACUCUCCCAUCAGCACGCUGAGCUCGCCCAUGAACGGCCUGGCGUCGCCCUUCUCUGUCAUCAGCUCACCCAUGGGACCCCACUCGAUGACCUCCCCCGGCAUGGGCUACGGACCCAGUGUCAGCCCCCAGAUGUUCCAGUUGAAUUCGCCCAUGAACUCGGUGAGCAGCUCCGAGGACAUAAAGCCUCCUCUGGGUCUAAAUGGAGUCAUGAAGGUCCCGGCCCAACCCUCCAGCACCGCCCUGUCCCUCACCAAACACAUCUGUGCCAUCUGCGGAGACCGAUCAUCAGGUAAACACUACGGCGUGUACAGCUGCGAGGGCUGCAAAGGCUUCUUCAAACGCACUGUAAGGAAAGACCUGACCUACACGUGCCGAGACAACAAGGACUGUGUGAUCGACAAGCGCCAGAGGAACCGCUGCCAGUACUGCCGCUACCAAAAGUGUCUGGCUAUGGGCAUGAAGAGAGAAGUGUUGUUACAUGCAGCUGUCCAGGAGGAGCGCCAGAGAGCCAAAGAGAAGGCGGAGAGCGAGGUGGAGUCGAGCGGCUGUGCCAACGAGGACAUGCCCGUGGAGAAGAUACUGGAGGCAGAGCAGGCUGUGGAACCCAAGACUGAGACCUACAUCGAGACCAACCUGGGCAUGCCAUCCAACUCGCCCAAUGAUCCAGUGACAAACAUCUGUCAGGCUGCAGACAAGCAGCUCUUCACUCUGGUGGAGUGGGCAAAGAGGAUCCCUCACUUCUCUGAGCUGCCACUGGACGAUCAAGUCAUUCUCCUACGAGCAGGUUGGAACGAGCUGCUGAUAGCUUCAUUUUCCCAUCGGUCGAUAGCGGUGAAAGACGGAAUUCUCCUGGCGACCGGACUCCACGUGCACCGGAACAGCGCCCAUAGUGCCGGCGUGGGAGCUAUCUUUGACAGAGUGCUUACCGAGCUGGUGUCCAAGAUGAGGGACAUGCAGAUGGACAAGACAGAACUGGGCUGCCUGCGAGCCAUAGUACUCUUCAACCCAGAUUCCAAAGGCCUGUCCAAUCCCAGUGAAGUGGAGGCACUGAGAGAGAAGGUCUACGCGUCUUUAGAGGCCUACUGCAAACAGAAGUACCCUGAGCAGCCCGGCAGGUUCGCCAAGCUGUUGCUACGGUUACCGGCUCUGCGCUCCAUCGGCCUCAAGUGUCUGGAACACCUCUUCUUCUUCAAGCUCAUCGGGGACACGCCCAUCGACACCUUCCUGAUGGAGAUGCUCGAAGCCCCUCACCAGAUGACAUAAUGACCCCACCGCGACCCCCACUGCGACUCCACCGCUGACCCCAUUUCCUGCUUGCCCUUUGAACUUUGAUACCCCCAAGGCUUCGGACUGGGACCCAUCCUUUUUAGAGCCUCAUUGGAGGGACAUAAUAAGAGAAUUUUGGAGGGAUUUUCCUUAAUUUUUAUUUUUUUUCGCAUUUGUCUCUUUGCAAUGAAAUCAUAAUGUCUACAGUUCGGUUUUGUACAAUAUAUAAAUAAGAAAAUAUAUAUGAAAUCAUGACGAAAAACACUGACGGAUUGAACGUUGAGCCAUUAUUUGGAACUUUUUCCGGUUCGUUCUUACUAAUGUACUUGCAGGUUUUCGAUGAUGUCACUAUUUCGUGAUUGGACAAUCGUGAACUAUCUUGAAAAACUUGGAUCCUUUCAAAAUAAUUAAAAAAAACAAAAAACAAUUUGAGAAGGGAGGAAAAAAACAUGAAAUUUGAAAACUACAGGUCUGCUUUUGAGGAAUUUCUCAACAACACGUCUUGCACUAGCUGUUUUCGAAGCUUUUUUCACUCAAUCGGGAGGCGGAUUUUAUCAAGACUGCAAGUACGCAAAAAAACUAAAUUGAAAAAAAAAACUGCUCAGGUCUCUGCCCGGGUUUCAAUAACAACCAUGUCUUACUGGAAUAGCACUGUGUAACUACAGACAUAACGUGGAGUUUAAAUCCAGACUGUGGAUUCAAUGCGUUAGAGUGAUGGGAUGUUUGGAAGGCUCGUACAAUCUGAACCUAGACUUAGCUUUAUUCCAACAAAAACUACCAGCAAGGAACAACUGUGGUCAUCAAUGCUUUGAGACAUUUCCUGAAGGAAUGGUUGGGCUUUUGAGGUUGGGUUGUACAUGGCUGAAUUGUAAAUAGGUGAUUUUGAUG